AUGGCCGUGAAGCCUGGAGUUCAGCGUAUCGACCGCAAUAACGAGGAAGCCAUCAUCCAGGCGAUUGUACAAGAUGGUUGCGUUAUCAUUAAGAAUUUUACAGAUGUUGAAACUGUCCAAGCAGCUAAUGCGGAAGUGAGACCAUACCUGGACGCCGACAAGCCGUGGGAGGGCGAUUUAUUCCCCCCGGAAACACGAAGAUGCGCGAAUCUAAUCGGCAGAAGCAAGACAGCCCGAGAAAAAUGGCUCGUCGAUCCUCUUAUGCAGAAGUUAACCGCUACAUUCGUCGAUAAAACCACAUCAAACUUUUACGGCGAAACAAAGCAUACAUACACAAGUAAAGCAAUCUGCUCAAUUGCAAUGACCUUCGACAUUGGACCCGGCGCAAAGGCGCAACGGUUGCAUCGUGACGACAAGAAUUUUCACAUUGACCAUAUGGAGCAAAGUGCUACGGGAUAUCAUAUUGGAUCAGAUGUCAUGAUGAACUUCAUGGUCCCCGGAGUAAAAACAACAUACGAAAACGGAGCAACUCUAGCAAUUCCCGGAAGCCACUUGUGGAGUUCGGAGAGAGUACCAAAGACCCAAGAAGCGAUAUGUGCUGAAAUGGAUGUUACCGAUGCUUGGGUUAUGCUAGGAGGUCUAUAUCAUGCUGGUGGCGCAAAUAUAACCGAGAACGAGCAUCGAAUCCUGCAUGGCUUCUUUUUUUGCCGUGGUUAUUAUAGACAAGAGGAAAAUGCCUAUUUGGCUAACUCCACAGAAGAUGUCUUAUCUUGGUCUCCCGAAGUUCAAAGAAUCAUGGGUUAUGAAUUGUCGAGUCCAAACAUUGGAUUUGUUAUGUUUAGAACACCACUGCAGCAUUUGCGCGGAGAGAACCUCGAUACAUUUGGAGAUUUUGAUGCAUCUCAGGAAGGAAAGUAA